GGAGAAAUCAGUCGGUAUCGAACCCUCCUUCGCAUCAUCUUCCCAACCACCAUAAUGGAAGCAGUAUACUAUCACGGAGUCAAUAAUCUUGAUAUUAUCACUACCCCGAUUCCCCAGAUCAAGGAAGAUGAGGUUUUGAUCAAGAUUGCGUGCUGCGGAGUAUGUGGUACUGAUCAUCACAUCAGUCAAGGGGAGUUCAUCACCAAGUUCCCACUUACACCUGGUCACGAAAUGGUCGGAAGGAUCGCCAAGGUUGGCCAAUCAGUCAAAGGCUUUGCUGAAGGUGAUCGAGUCGUAGCUGAUCCUGGAAUUACGUGCGAUGAAUGCUUCUACUGUCGUCGGGGUCAAUCCUUGCUAUGUGAAAACUUUGAGUCUCUGGGAUGCACCGUUGCAGGCGGCUUUGCAGAAUACGCUGUGGCUCAUAAAAAGAAGGUCUACAAGAUUUUUAACCUUACUGAUGAGGAGGCUACUCUCAUCGAGCCUGCAUCUUGCGCCAUUCAUGGUGCUGACAAGCUGAAUCUUCCAGUCGGAUCAGAGGUUCUGAUUCUUGGGUCAGGACCAACAGGCCAGAUCCUGUCUCAAUUACUCAAGCUCAAUGGUGCUUCCAAAGUCGUCCUCGCAGCUAACAAGGGCAUCAAGACUCGCAUCGCCAAAGAGCUUGGGACGGCUGAUGAGUAUAUCGAAUUCGACCGCGAGAAACCUCAAGCACAGUGGGACAAGAUCAAAGUUGAUUAUCCACAUGGCUUUGAUGUAGUAGUCGAAGCUACUGGAUCAGAGAAGGUUGCCAAUGACGCGAUCAACUAUGUUAGACGGGGCGGCACCUUGAUGGUUUAUGGAGUCUAUGCUAAUGCUGCUCGGGUUCACUGGCCACCGUCGAAAAUCUUUGGGGAUGAAAUUAGGAUUAUCGGGUCUUUCUCCCAGACACAUUGCUUUCCUCGCGCUGUGGCUUACCUGGACAGUGGAAAGAUUAACGUGAAAGGGAUGGUGACGGAUGCCUUUGAGAUCAAAGAUUUCCAGAAGGCGCUUGAUAAGAUGAACAGCAAGGAGGCUCUCAAAGUAAUCAUUAGGCCUGCUCAGAAAUAGGUUGCUAGGCAUGUUUAUCUGUUACUCUCUUUAAUGAUGGAUAUCGUUUCUGGACGUAUAAUCUUAGGCCUCAUUAUUAACAUGCUGUGUUGCUCUCUAUGAACAAAG